UGUGACAGAGGCGGCGGCUCCAGAGAGUCGAGGCCGAUGGACGGCGAGCAGGCGCAGGAGCGCCCAGAGCCCGGUCCGCACAUCCGUCAGUCGGCGCCGAAGGGAGCGGGAGGCGUCCAUUCGGGAAGAGGGGAGGAGGGAGGAGGAGGGGGGCGGAGUGGACCCCGGAGACGCUGCCGGCCCGACCAGCGUGGUUUCAUCUGCUCUGACUGCGGGAAGACCUUUGAACACUCCUGCCAUUUUGAGCGUCACCUACGGGUGCACACGGGCGAGCGGCCCUUCAAGUGCCCCACCUGUGAGAAAGACUUCAACCACAAGUCAAACCUGGUGCGUCACGAGCGUACUCACACCGGCGAGCGGCCCUUCCGCUGCCAGACAUGCGGCAAGGAGUUCAGCCAGCCCUCCAACCUGGUCAAACACCAGCUGACCCACACCGGAGAGAAGCCCUUCGGCUGCCAGACCUGCGGGCGGGCCUUCAGCAGGCUGUCCAACCUGGCCACCCACCAGCGCACCCACACUGGAGAGCGGCCCUUCCGCUGCCCUGUCUGCGCCAAGGAUUUCAGCCAGUCCUCCAUCCUGCGGCGGCACCAGCGUAUCCACACCCGCGACAAGCCCUUCCACUGCCCACUCUAUGCAGGGGGCCGGGCAGGACGCGGGGCAGUAACACUCAGAGCGUCUGAGGGUGACAGCGUUGCAGAAGAGCAGCUGAUAUCGCCAGAUGAGGACCUGGGCCCUGGACAGUGCCAGGAAGCUGAGCCCUCAGAUUCUGAGGAGCCAGAGCCAGCCGAGCUCUUUAUCUGCUCCGACUGUGGUAAAAGCUUCAAGACCAUGGCGCACCUCGAGCAGCACCAGAUCGAGCACCUGGGUGAGGCUCCAGUGGCCAGUGCAGACCGCUAGCAUCGUGACCAAACCCCCCGGUGAACUCAGACUCCCUCGCCACCAGCAGCGGAGAGCUCCACACACAUCCCCACAAUCACCACGCCUCAUCUCACUGGUCUCAAAUCGAGGAGUCGAUGAGUUCUCAGUAGCUGCAGAUGCGCACAAGUACUCAGAUCGGAAAGUGGAAAGUGGACACCCGGCUGCCCUACAUACAUUCUCCCUUGCUCCCUAUUGUCGAGGGGAAAGGAUCUCACUCGUGGACGUGGAGUGAGGUCUGGACACACUCCGCAAAGCAAGUGCCCACCGUCCCGUGAAGUGCAGUUAUCAUUUUUAACUCGGCAAGCGAGCGACAGUGUGGAAAGUUAAUUACCUUCUUGUAAGAAGGAGUCAGUUAGAAAUCUCUGUUAAAUAUUUUCCUUUAAGUACUUUUUUUGUUUAUGUAGCUGUUAUGUAAAAUAAACGUGGUCUGUUGACACUUGGA